AGUCGGCAGCAUGAGUAACGACCAGACAGAUACAAUUGAGUUAGAGUCCGGUUCACGGAUUCAAGUGGCUUCGGCCAUGGAUAGUGGCGAUGAGGGCCACUUAUCCCCCACCACGCAUUCCCAUUCCAACAGCGUGUAUGAGACAAGGUACCAAAAGUCUCUUCGCCAUUACCUUACGCGCGAAGCCCUACCAAAGGAGUCCCAUUACAGGAACCUCAACUCGAUCGUCGAUGGUGGAAACGUCCGUCCUACACUAGACGACCUGCACAACAACACCUUCAGAGAGCAACAGCAAAGUACUGGUGCCGACCCAGAAGCACAAGCAGCCAACCUUCGUGGCAAAGUUAUCAAGUUUGGAUGGAUCGAAGGAGUACUGAUGAGAUGUCUCCUCAACAUUUGGGGUGUGAUGCUGUUCUUGAGAGUCAGCUGGAUGGUUGGCCAAGCUGGACUUGUGUAUUCCAUCUUAAUUGUUAUUAUGGCAAAUGUUGUCACAAUAGUUACUACCCUCUCCAUGUCAGCAGUCGCUACAAAUGGUCGCAUAAAAGGAGGUGGUGUUUACUACAUGAUCUCCCGCUCACUUGGCCCAGAGUUUGGAGGAUCCAUUGGACUUAUGUUCACCCUGGCUAAUUCCAUUGCUGCGGCUACAUAUAUUAUUGGUUUCUGUGAUUCCUUGAAGGAUUUAAUGAAGUACUACUUCGACAACGCUCAAAUUUUGGAUGGAGGUCUCAAUGACACUCGUAUUGUGGGCACUAUCACACUUAUAGCAGUAUUGGCAUUGGCUAUUGUCGGCAUGGACUGGGUGACCAGAGUACAAAUGGCCCUACUGUUCCUGCUCAUUGGAUCUCAGAUUGAUUUUGUUAUUGGCUUCUUCAUGGGCCCACUGGAUGAUUUGGAACGUGCCCAGGGAUUUGUUGGCUUGACAUCCGGAAUAUUUGAGAGGAAUAUCGGUCCAGACUUUAGGACUUUUGAUGGGGAGCAGUAUGGAUUUUUCGGAGUUUUUGGCGUCUUCUUCCCAGCUGUAACAGGCAUUGUCGCUGGAGCUAACCUUUCUGGUGAUCUGAAGGAUCCAGGCUCUGCAAUUCCUAAGGGCACCAUACUUGCCAUUGGAAUUACAUUCGUAACUUAUAUUGUGUAUCCAUUUAUGCUUGCUGGAUCAGUGAUGCGUGAUGCUUCAGGAAAUCUCACCAUAUUUCAAAAUAACUAUAACACCACGGACCUCUUAGACAACCCAGUGUUCACAAAUGAAUCCUGCUCUAAAUCGGGAACGGGUGAUGUUUGUGAAUUUGGCUUAGAAAACAGCUUCCAGGUCAUGGAGUUGGUGUCUGCCUGGGGUCCCCUUAUCUAUGCUGGUUGUUUUGCCGCCACCCUCUCUUCCGCCAUCGCCUCGUUGGUAGGCGCACCACGUGUUCUGCAGGCUUUGGCUAAGGAUAAGCUUUACCCUGGCAUCUACAGCUUCUCCAGGGGUUACGGAGCCAAUAAUGACCCAGUCCGAGGAUACAUCUUGGUGUUCGUGAUUUCCUUCAUCUGUAUCAUGAUCGGUGACUUGAAUCUUGUCUCAACACUUCUGAGUAACUUCUUCUUGGCAGCUUAUAGUCUCAUCAACUUUUCUUGCUUCCAUGCAACACUUAUUAAGUCUCCUGGCUGGCGUCCUUCAUUUAAGUAUUAUAACUCUUGGGUGAGUCUUGUCGGUGGAAUCCUUUGCUUGAUGGUCAUGUUCUUGAUUGAUGUGGUUACUGCUUUCAUCACCUUCAUUGUCGUCAUCGCCCUGUACCUCUUCGUGGCCUACCGUAAACCUGAUGUCAACUGGGGCUCAUCUACUCAAGCACAGACAUAUGUAUCAGCUCUGAAAUCCACUCUUGAUUUGAUCACUGUCGAAGAGCAUGUCAAGAACUACCGUCCUCAGCUCCUUGUUCUCUCUGGAGCUCCUGGCACAAGGCCUCCACUCUUGGACUUUGCCCAUACUAUUACAAAGAAUAUUUCUCUCCUUUCUUGUGGACAUGUUAUUCAGGGCCCACAGACACAAAGAGUGCGUAAUUCUCUAUCCAGGCGAGGUUACAACUGGCUGACCCGUCAUAAGAUUCGUGCCUUCUACUCCAUUGUUGAAGCUAACAACCUUGAGGAAGGCUCCAGGAACUUGUUCCAGCUUGUUGGUUUGGGAAAACUUCGUCCAAAUAUUGUUCUUCUUGGAUACAAAUCAAAUUGGGCUAAGUGUGACCGUCUAGAGCUCAGAUCUUACUUCAAUACCUUACAUGAAGCACUGGAUAUGUACUAUGGAGUGGCUAUCCUUAGAGUACCACAAGGACUGGAUUAUUCUCAAGUUGUCGAGGAUGAAGAUUCGCCUGUUGUUAUGAAUGGCAAUGAAACUACUGGAGCAGCAGUUGCAGAGGAGAUCAAACGUAAUCAGUCUGCUGGUCAAUUGUCUCAAGAUGGCACUGGCAGCGAGGCCUCGACACCACCUGGCUCUCCACAAGCUGAGCGUGCCGGCACUGCAGCAGUAACCUCAGAGCCAAGCGGAGUGGAAGCUCUGAAGAGGCGUGCUUCUCUGGCCAAUCUGUACAGAGGUCCAGGAGGUGUUGAACUCGGCAAGGAUGUUCUCAAUAACAUCACUACAUUCAGACGAAAGCAAAAGAAGGGUACAAUUGAUGUAUGGUGGCUCUAUGAUGAUGGUGGUUUGACUCUCCUGCUGCCUUACAUUCUUACAACAAGAUCACAGUGGUCUAACUGCAGCCUGCGUGUCUUUGCUUUGGCCAACCGGAAAGAUGAACUUGACAUGGAACAGAGAAGCAUGGCAAACCUGCUGGCCAAGUUCCGUAUUGACUACAGUGAUGUGAUUGUCAUUCCUGAUGUUGCCAAGAAGGCUGCUGAAUCUUCUAAAAUGGAGUUUGACCAGUUGAUUGAAGACUUCAAAGCCAAGAGCAAUGUUGAAAUUGACAAGGAAAAUGAAGGUGUAGUUAUCAGUGAAGCAGAACUUCUUGGUCAGCGAGAGAAGACUAAUCGUCAUGUGCGCUUGCGUGAACUUCUCCUCGAGAACUCUAGAGAUGCUUCUCUUGUAGUGAUGACCUUACCCAUGCCCCGCAAGAACUCUGUCUCCGCACCAUUGUACAUGGCUUGGUUGGAAACACUGACUCGCGACAUGCCACCGUUCCUCCUUAUACGUGGCAACCAGACCUCAGUGCUUACCUUCUAUUCUUAAGAAAAAGACAAAAAGGAUUCUGUGUUUUGUACAUGCAGUGUGGAAUAGACAAGUAUUUUAGAUCUUUUAAGCUAUUGUGUUUUCUUUUUGUUAUGAAACAAAGAAAGAGGAGAAUAGCGUGCACAAUGUAUAGGUGAUGUUUAAAGUUUUUUUUUGUUUUUUUUUUUAAGGAGAAACCAUUAUUGAUUCAUGCCAGAUGUAGAAUAUAUGUGCAUCUUGUCUAUGGAUUAUAUUCUAAGACUAUCAUUCCACUGUUUGGAACUAGAAAAAAGUUUAGAGUAUUUUAGAGCAGAGUUUUAUCAAUCAAAAUCUGAUUAUUUUCCUUAUAUCAAGCAAUAAUUAAAUGUCAAUAGGUUGUUCAAAAUAAAUUUGUUCUGUAAUUUACCUCAUCAUACACAAAGUAGGUAUAAUAUAUUUUAUCCUACAUAUCUAUAGGUUGGCAUGUAUUUGUGCCAAUUGCUGUUUUACAUAACAUUUUAUUUAUUUUGCCAUUAUCCUUACAGUAUUUACCAACAGUUGUAGAGAUUUUGUGUGUAAAAUUUGUACUUGAUAUAUUAUAAUAAUUUAAUGUCUUUUUUUAUUUUUUAUUUUUUUUUUUUAUACUUUUUACAUUGCCUUUUAUUUCAUAUUGUGUAAUUCAUUUAUAGUCCUAUUAAUAUGGUGUAAACUGUCAGUAAAUAAAGUGAUAUCUUUUCCAUAGAAGAUUUUUGCAGUGGAAUUUAUUAUUUCAUCGUUACAUGUACAUCUUCCUUUGCAGUAAUUUCUUCACUGAUUAUUUAUGCUUAGUUAUAUUUGCGUGUGACUUAUGGCAGAAUCAGUAAUGCAUUUACACCUACAUUAAUAUCUAUGACUACAGAAUCUUCAUUUAGCUUGUCUCGGUAUUUCAAAACAUUUGGGUUUUUAUAUCUUGGAGUUUUUAGUUUUAGUAUAAAGUUUUGUAUCAUUCCAUGUUCAGUAUGUUAGUGUGUUACAGUUAUGGUUAAAGUGAUUUUCCCCAUUUAUAUACUCAAAAGUGAAUGUAUAGUGCUUGUAGUUCCUGACAUAUAUAUAUAAUUAAAUUUAGGUUUAAUAAGGGAAUAAUGGGAUUUUUAGAUCAUAUAAUAAACUUUUAAAACCAUCUUUUUAUUAGUUUUUUUUUUUUUUUUUUUUUUUUUUUCUAGUUGUGGUAGAUCAGUUGCUGAGUAGGAAAACAAUAUAAGAUGCUGAAUAGGAAAAAUUUGCAUCUCAUAUUUGACUAUCUCUUUUUUUUUUUUUUUUCCUUUGUUUUUUUUUUCGACAUUCCUCAUAAUGAAGAGUUUAGUCAGACACUCGUAUUUUAUACAUUCCAGAGUGGUUACCUACCAAUAUAAAAUAUAAUCAGAUCAUUAACUACUGUAAGUGUAAGAAGUCCCUUUAUUUCCAUUCAAUAUCUAGCUCAUCAAAUGUUUUAUGUAGAAAAUUAUUAGGAAAGAUGGGUAACGUUUUUGUUAAUCUUUUUUAGUUGUUAAAUAUUAGAAAACAAAAACAGUUGAGUUAAUAUUCAAAUAGGACAUAGUGUGAAUGAAGAGGUAGAGAUUCAUAUAACUGGAUUUUUUAUCUUAAUGAUAAUUAAUUUUGCAUAUUGUCCCGGUGCCUUUUGACUGUGAUUUUUGUAAAACUUUUUUUUUUUCUUUUUUUUUUUUUUCCUUGUAUCAUUAUUUGUCAGAUUCAUUCUACUUGCCCGUGAUCCAAAUGAAUGAUUUGGGAAAUCCCAAAGGCAAUCCACUCAUGGGAUGUUUGUAAAUAGAAUAACUAUGGCACUACAAGAUGAGAAUAUUUUGUGAUAAAUCUGACAAUAUUGAAAAAUUAAAUUGUAAGUAAGCUAUGCUAUGUUAAAUGCCCCAUUUCUGGGGUAAAUGUACAUAUGGAAAAUGCACAACAAUUAGUUGUAUUUAUUGAGUGGAUUAUACAAUCAUAUGCAGUGCUUGGAAACUUGCUGAGGUUUGUGUGGCAGAGCAUUUUUUUUUUACCUUGAAGUAAAAUCUUAUUAAAGGUAAAGAUGAAAUUUUUGUCUCAUAUUUCACAAGGAUUUAGACCUCUGAGAAGUAUGUUUAUAAUUAGAAUUGAAAUAAAACUAUACUGUUCACAUUAGUCAUUGCACUAAUGUUACAAUGAUGCACAAGAACUGCAAAGCUCAAAUGUAUUUACAGAAUGUCUGAUUAUAAAAUGGCAAGUUUCAGAAGAGGAAUUUUGUUAAUAGCACUCUGGUAAUGUAUAUGUAAAAUAUUUCUUAAACACUGAACAAGAUUUUUGUAAUAUUUGCAUUUGAUGGGUAUAAGUUGUUGGUAUUAAACUAACAUGUUACAUAAAUUUUAUUUUUGAAAAAAUAAAAUUUUACUCUGGUA